AUGUCAUUUUUAAUUUUUUGGUGUUGUUUGUCUGCACAACUGUUGCAUAGAAGUGUUGAUAUUUAUAACAGCUUCAUGGCUCAGUGUGAAUCAAAUGAAGUUGUAGAUUUACAUGAAUUCCCCUUCUUUCAUUCCUAUAUCUCUGACGUGGAAUCAGGUAAUAUCGCCUCACAUUCUGAAUCCCAUAUAAGUUUCAAUAUGUUCGGGACGUGUUCUUUAAGAAAUGUUCGGCGUAUUAUGCGUCAGAGUCGGCGUCUGAAACCAUUAAGAGUUCACUUACUAAAAUCUGUAUUGGAUUUAUGCAAAGCUGCUGAUUUGGAGCCAUUUGUUUAUGGUGGCACAGCUUUAUCUGUAUUCCGUGAAGAUGGAAAAUUCAUAUCACAUGAUACAGACAUUGACUUGGGCAUUUUAGAAUUUGAUUCUAAUGGAAACAGUUCGUACACUAAACUGAUUCAUUGCUGUUUAAAAAAUGGUAUAAGUGUUUUCGGUGUGGAAAAUAUGGAUGAAUCUUUACUAAUCAGUGUCAAUUCUGAUUUAUAUGUCGAUUUUUCGGCCAGUAUCAGUAGACGUUUUUGGCUUAAAGCGCAGAAAUUCAAUAUUUCUGAAACCAUUGAAGAGAUACCAUACAAUGGAUGUGAUUGCAAACGCAUUAAGUUCUUUUUCAGCACUAAUGGUUUACUUAAAGCCUGUGAAUUAUAUCAUUUAAACUCAAAAAUUGUAAGUCAUAUACAAUCGGAUCCAUCAUUAGUACAUGUGGAUUUGUUCACUCUAUCUACUUAUCCAGAUUCCUCCGAUGACAUAAAGCCUUUGCUUGUAAACUGGAAUUUGCCCGGUAUAUAUGACUGCAAAAAGAAAUUAUUCCCAUAUAAUUCUUUCUUUCCUUUAAUACCAUGUACAUUCGAAGGUGUAAACUUGCUAGCUCCGCAUGACUUAAAAACUUAUUUAACUAUCGAAUACGGUUACUUGGGACGAGAUGCUGUGUAUGAUCGUAAAAAGCAGUUGUGUAAAAUGAAGAGAAUAUUUAGCUCGGGACGUCUGACACGUCUUCGCGAUUUAUUGAAAGAUAGAAAUUUGCAAGGAUAUAUACUGCCAACAGAAGACGAACAUUUUAAUGAGUAUGUGGGCAAUGCAGAUAGGCGUUGUGCAUUCAUCUCUGGAUUUACAGGUUCUUCCUGCUCCAUUGUUAUCACUUUAGAUCAAGCUGCUUUAUGGACUGAUGGUCGAUAUCAGCUACAGGCUUCCAAUGAACUAGACGAAAAUUGGUCAUUAUUUAGAAAUGACUUAACUGAAGCGCCUACAAGAGCCCAAUGGAUUAUUUCGUCAACUUCACCUGGUUCGUCUAUUGGAUAUGAUGGUAGACAAAUACCUUACACGGGAAUUGAAACAUUACAAAAAGAAUUGGCUGGUGUUGAAGCUGAAUUAGGUAUUCUACCAAAUUGUAACGGAAUUAAAAAUCCUCUCAGUCGACAGUUAGUUAAUAUACCAAACACAAAUUUGAUUGAUCUGGUUUGGGAGUCUAUGUCUGAAUUACAAAUUGAAAAUGUUUCUCGUCCUAUUCGUUCAUCAAAUCCACUGUUAUUUAUUCCAGUCUCAUUUUCUGGUUCAAGUUGGCAGCAAAAAAUUGAUCGUGUUAGAAAUAUGAUGAAAGCAAAAGGGGCUGAAUUACUGGUUUUAUCUGCAUUGGACGAGAUUGCAUGGUUAUUCAAUUUACGUGGAAAUGAUAUACUUUAUAAUCCAGUGUUUUAUGCAUAUGCUAUUGUGAGCUUGAAUAAAAUAGACUUAUUUUUGAAUCCGAAAACUGUUGAUCAAACACCUAGGCUUGAUGAUUACUUGAGCGAUAAACAGUAUUCAGUAAAAAUUCAUCCAUAUUCUGAAUUUUUCAACUAUUUGGAAACUGUUGUUCAUAAUUCACCGGAAAAACAUUUAUCAUUGCAACCGUCACGUGUAUGGCUCGAUAUAUCUGCUAGUUAUGCAAUUGUUACAAAAAUACCAGAAAAUCGACGUCUAUUUCAUAUCUCACCUGUUGCUGAAAUGAAAUCUAUCAAAUCUUUAUCAGAAUUAAAUGGAAUUCGUGAAAUUCACAUCACUGAUUCAUUAGUAUUAUGCGAUUUUUUGGCUUGGUUAGAAGAUGAAGCUAAUCAAAUUAAUAACAACAGCUGUUGUAAGCAGUCACAUGAUUACAAGCCAAUAAAACCAAAUACAGAAAAUGGUGCAGGUCUACCGGUAAUAACACCACCACUUGUUUUAACUGAAGCAUCAACUGCUCAAUAUUUAGAUGAAUUACGGUCACAAGCUAAAGAUUUUUUCAGCUUAAGCUUCAGCACGAUAUCUUGCGCUGACGCAAAUGGAGCUAUUAUACACUAUCAUCCUGUUGAAGGUCAAAGUGCACCUAUUACUAAUACAAGUAUAUACCUUGUUGAUUCUGGUGGUCAAUACUUGACGGGCACAACGGAUGUCACGCGUACAAUCCAUUUAGGUGAACCAACAUUAGAACAGAAGAAUUGUUAUACAACUGUCUUAAAAGCACAUAUUGCACUUGCUAUGCAAAUUUUUCCAUCGAAUACUCCGGGUUCAAGACUUGAUAUUAUAUCUCGUCGAAUAAUGUGGCAAUUUCAUGGUAAUUAUGCUCAUGGAACAGGACAUGGUGUUGGUGCAUUUCUCAAUGUACAUGAAGGUCCUAUUGGGUUGUCUGGUAGUCGAAUUAACGCAUACUCUCGUUUGGGCAUAGUAGAACCAGGCUUACAAGAAAAUAUGGUUGUUACCAUUGAACCUGGUUACUAUUGGAGUGAUCACUUUGGAAUACGGUUAGAAAAUGUAGUCUUUGUUGUACCUGUUGAAACAAAAGAUUUGCACAGUAGUGACAGGAAUAAUUAUACAGCUAAAACCUCUACUGGUCACCAAUCUUUUCAAUUUUCACCAGACAUUAACAAUACUAAAUGGCUCAGUUUUGAACCAGUCACCUUAGUUCCAUUUCAACGUAAAUUUAUCAAUUCUGGUAUGUUGACUACCGAUGAAUUGAAUUGGUUAGAUAAUUAUCAUAAAACAAUUCGUCAAGUUUUAUGUAGUCGUAUUUACCAAGAAGUGAAUAUCCAGUUGUCAAUUAACAAUGGAAAUGAUGACCAUGAGAUCAUGUUAUCAAAUAUGUCAAUGUUAUCGUCUAGUCGUCAACGUUGUUUACAAUGGAUAUUAAACCAAACAGAAUCAUUUUUGUAAUCUGAUGAAUUAUAUAGGUACAUGAUUUAAACUUCUCAAUUCUUUGUUGUAUUAUUUGUGAAAUUUUUACUAUAAAA